GGCACUGAAACACAUCACCUCAUUCACCUCCUGAACAAAGAUGGAUCUGCAAGUCUCAGUUUUUCUUUUGCUCAUUCUUUUCACUGGAGGACACUCUCUCAGAUGUUAUGAGUGUAAGGGUCUGACGGGUUCUUGUGCGGAUCAAAAGGAGAUCACUUGUGAAGCUGAAUUUUCCAAGUGUAUGAGUUUAACAGCGGUGACACAAAUAGGUGACAGUAGUCCUACAGUUAAGGUUAAAGGUUGUGCUUUACCAAAUGACUGUCAAACCACGUCCUACAACUUUGGCAGUGCAAAGAUGUCUUCUUUCUGCUGUGAUACUGACCGUUGUAACGCCCAGGAUGCUCCAGAUUCCAACUCCAAUGGAAUGAAAUGUUACUCUUGUGUUGGGAAGAGCUGCUCAAACACUGUGAGCUGUUCAGGGAGUGAAGACCGCUGCAUUACAGCAACAGGCAGUUUCGGAGACCAGUCACUGGUUGUGAAAGGCUGUGUCUCUAAAGCCAUUUGUAAUGCCACAAAAUCGGUUCCUAAUGUUCAGGACAUCUCAUGUUGUUCGGGGAACCUGUGUAACGGUGCUCAGAGUGUCACUCAGAGCUUCCUGUUCCUCUGCUGUUCUCUGCUCUCCUUCAUCCUGCUGCACUGAAUCCAGCAGCUCUUCACAUUCUACAGCAGCAGCAAAGACACAGUGUUGAUGAACAAAAAUACAGUUCAUAUUUUCUUUGGCGUUUUCAUGUGAUGAACUGAAAAGUAUACAGGAAAUCUUAUGUAAUUUUUUAUGUUUUGGGUUCAUAUUUAAAGGUUCAUCCUGUAAAAAGAAAGUGCAGUAAUGUAUUUUUUUUAAAUUAUCAUGUUGAGAAUAAACAAUAUGCUCAUUAUUUAAUUAUUCAAAAAAGGAAAAAUUUCACCUCUUAAGUUUUACAGGAGACAUUUCCAGUACCAGGAUUUUCCUGUUCACACUUACUGAAUAAUAAAAGUUUUGUCACAAAUACUUUUUCUAUUAUUUUGCUCAAUACUAUAUAUUUUAUGUGUAUAACUAGCAUAAGAGGUAUAAAGUGUAACUGUAAUGCAUCAUUCUCGGGGUAAUGAUCCAGAUUCCACGAUUCGAUUCUGAUUCACAAGCUCUUUAUAUGAUUCCAUUCCAGGCAUGUGCACACAUAGACAUAAA